GCGGGCGGCAAACUUCCAGAGAGACGUAAAUACGUCCAUCGGCGACCCCGCCGAUUAGCCGACGGGAGCCCGGAGCGGCGCGGCGGCAUGGGGCCGGCACGGCGCUCCCCCGGGCCCCGCGGUCCCGCUCCGGGGAUGCCGCCCGCCUGCGGGGCGCGGGCCCCGCUGCAGUGAGCCGGGCGCGGGGCCGCGACGCAGCGCUGCCGCUCCGCACGGCGGGGAGGCCGUGCCAUGGCGCUGCGGGGCAGGGCGCUGUACAACUUCCAGAGCGAAAACAAGGAGGAGAUCAGCAUCCAGGAGAACGAGGAGCUCGUGGUGUUCAGCGAGCGCUCGCUGGACGGCUGGCUGCAGGGCCGGAACAGCCGCGGCGAGACCGGCCUCUUCCCGGCCUCCUACGUGGAGAUCGUGCGCCCUCGCGCCGGCUCCGGGCACGCCGAGGGCUCCGGCAGCCCCGCCGGCUCGCCCGGCCACCUGCACGGCUUCAGCGCGGCGCCCGCCGGCCUCUCGUCCCACGGCAGCUUCGAGGAUGACGACGACGACGAUUGGGAUGACUGGGACGACUCGUGCACGGUGGUGGAGGAGCCCCGCGGCGCUGCCGGCACCAACGGGCACCCGGCGGCGGGACCGGAGCCCUACGGAGCGCCCCGUGCCAAGCCGACGCUGGAGAGGCAGGACAGCGUGGGCUCCUCCAAGAGGGGCAGCGUGGUGGGCAGGAACCUCAACCGCUUCUCCUGCUUCGUGCGCUCGGGCGUGGAGGCCUUCAUCCUUGGCGACGUGCCCCUCAUGUCCAAGAUCGCCGAGGCUUACAGCAUCGAGAUGGGCUGCAAGGGCCCGCAGUGGCGAGCCAACCCGCACCCCUUCAUCUGCUCCGUGGAGGAUCCCACCAAGCAGACCAAAUUUAAGGGCAUCAAGAGCUACAUCUCCUACAAGCUGACCCCCAGCAACUUCAACUCGCCCGUGUACCGGCGCUACAAGCACUUUGACUGGCUCUACAACCGCCUGCUGCACAAGUUCACCAUCAUCUCGGUGCCCCACCUGCCCGAGAAGCAGGCCACGGGGCGCUUCGAGGAGGACUUCAUCGAGAAGCGCAAGCGGCGCCUGAUCCUGUGGAUGGAGCACAUGACGAGCCACCCCGUCCUGUCGCAGUACGAGGGCUUCCAGCACUUCCUCCGCUGCCGCGAUGAGAAGCAGUGGAAGCUGGGCAAGAGGCGAGCUGAGAAGGACGAGAUGGUGGGCGCCAGCUUCCUGCUCACCAUCCAGAUCCCCACCGAGCACCAGGACCUGCAGGACGUGGAGGACCGCGUGGACGCCUUCAAGGCCUUCAGCAAGAAGAUGGACGACAGCGUCCUGCAGCUGACCAACGUGGCCUCCGAGCUGGUGCGCAAACACGUGGGGGGGUUCCGCAAGGAGUUCCAGAAGCUGGGCAAUGCCUUCCAAGCCAUCAGCUACUCCUUCCAGAUGGACCCCCCCUACAGCUUAGAUGCCCUCAACAAUGCCAUCUCCCACACGGGCAAGACGUACGAGGCUGUGGGGGAGAUGUUUGCGGAGCAGCCCAAGAAUGACCUCUUCCUCAUGCUGGACACUCUCUCUUUGUAUCAAGGGCUCCUUUCCAACUUUCCAGACAUCAUCCACCUCCAGAAAGGAGCCUUUGCAAAGGUGAAGGAGAGCCAGCGGAUGAGCGACGAGGGCCGGAUGGACCAGGAGGAGGCGGAUGGGAUUCGCAAGCGCUGCCGCGUGGUGGGCUUCGCCCUGCAGGCUGAGAUGAACCACUUCCACGAGCGGCGCGUGGCCGACUUCAAGAGGAUGAUGCAGUCCUACCUGAAGCAGCAGAUCAUCUUCUACCAGCGUGUCAGCCAGCAGCUGGAGAAGACGCUGCGCAUGUAUGACAACCUCUAACACACCUGCCUGCCGCCUGUCCCGCAUCGCACCGCUUCCAGCCACGGCCUCGCAGAGCAUCUCUGCUUGGCAGGGCUGAGAACGGGUGGGAACUCGUGACGCUAGUGACCAAAUACCUUUGGGCUUUCCUCCAGCCUGGCUGCAGGACUGUGGUGAGGACGUGUGUGCUCGCAGGGGACAGAUGGACACGUGUGCCUGUGGCACCAGCCUGUGGUUUUUAGCUUUCCAAAAACCCGUCCUCAUGAAGCACUGUGGCUCACUGGGAGGAGAAAUCCAAGCGGUCGACAUUUUGCACAAUGAAAGUUUUUCUGAUGGGAAAGAAAACACAAAAAGGUCUUUAUUUGGAAGAGGUUUUUUUUUUUUUUUUCUUUUCCCCCCCUUCCCCCCCCCCCCCAGUAUUUUCCAUUUUUCGCAAAUGUUUCUGCAGCAUUUUUACCAGUUUUUAAAUAGACGCAGGCCAACGGAAAUCUCUUUUCUCAAGCACUGCUGUUGACUGGAAAAAAGGAUAUAAAAAACAAAAACAAAAAAAACCAAGCCAGCCCACAGCGUUUUCAAUAAAAAACGUCAGUAGAAA